AUGAUUACCUUAAUAAUUCUCGUAUUUCAACUCUUCAUCUGGCAAGCCCACAACGCCCUAUUUAUAAUCUGCUGUCUACUGAAAGUCUUCAUCUCCCAAGUCUCUGAGGAAGAGCUGCUACUUCACUUCUCAUAUCAGAAGAAGGACCCUGGAUCAUAUGAAUCUGACAUUGAAGACCUUCUGGAAGAACUGCUGCUUUGCCUCAUCCAUCUGAUUGUAGAAGUUCCUCUUCUUGAUAUAACCUACAGCAUCCUGCUAGAAGCCAUUACUACUCUCGUAGUGUUCCUGUCCUACCAGCUCUUCCGUAAGGAGAUCAUCCAUGAAAGCAUGGUCCACAAAUACCUGAUGCAAGGCCGCUGUCUUCCUUACACGAGUCGACUGGUGAAGACGUUACUGUAUAACUUCAUCAGACAGGAGAAAAGCCCGCCGCCGGGAUCCCACGUCUUCCAGCAACAGGCAGAUGGGGGCGGUCUGCUCUAUGGCCUGGCCUCCGGGGUGGCAAGCGGUCUGUGGACGGUUUUAACCUUAGGAGGAGUUGGCAGCAAACCAACUGCCGUACAAGAACAGUCCUCGCCCCUCGCCAACCAAAGUCUGCUCCUCCUGCUGGCCCUAGCCAACCUCACCGAUGCUUCUGACUGCCCCAACCCAUUCCGACAGGCCAUAAUGUCCUUCAGGAACACACAAGACAGUUCAGUGCCACCCAGCCCGAGUCCUCACUCCUUCCAGAUAAAUUUCAACAGUCUGUAUACUGCCCUGUGCGAGCAGCAAAUGUCCGACCAGGCCACACUCCUCCUGUACACGUUACUGCACCAGAACAGCAACGUCCGCACCUACGCCCUGGCCCGCACUGAUAUUGAAAGCCUUGUUCUGCCCAUACUGGAGAUUUUGUACCAUGUAGAAGAACGUAAUUCCCACCAUGUUUACAUGUCUCUCAUCAUCCUUCUCAUCCUGACUGAGGACGAUGGGUUCAACCGAUCCAUCCAUGAAGUGAUACUAAAAAACAUCACUUGGUAUUCGGAACGUGUGCUGACAGAAAUCUCUCUGGGUAGUCUUCUCAUUCUGGUGGUUAUCAGAACCAUUCAGUAUAAUAUGACUCGCACACGGGACAAGUAUCUUCAUACUAAUUGUUUGGCAGCUCUGGCCAACAUGUCCGCCCAGUUCCGCUCCCUUCAUCAGUAUGCUGCGCAGAGGAUCAUCAGUUUGUUUUCAUUGCUCUCUAAAAAGCACAACAAAGUCCUGGAGCAAGCCACACAGUCUCUGCGAGGAUCCCUUGGCUCCGAUGACUCUCCAUUUCCUGACUACGCACAAGACCUGAAUGUGAUUGAAGAGGUCAUCCGAAUGAUGCUGGAGAUCAUAAACUCCUGCCUGAGCAAUUCCCUCCACCACAACCCCAACUUGGUGUACGCCCUGCUAUACAAGCGAGAGCUCUUCGAACAAUUUCGGAGUCACCCGUCCUUCCAGGAUAUUAUGCAGAAUAUAGACAUGGUCAUCGGCUUCUUCAGUUCUCGUCUGGAGCAGGCCGGAUCCGACCUCUCAGUGGAACGUGUCCUGGAGGUCAUCAAACAAGGAGCAGUUGCACUGCCCAAAGACCGGCUCAGGAAAUUCCCUGAGCUGAAGUUCAAGUACGUAGAAGAGGAGCAGCCCGAGGAAUUCUUCAUCCCGUAUGUCUGGUCCUUAGUUUACAACUCCGCUGUUGGACUGUACUGGAACCCGCAGGACAUACAGCUUUUCACUAUGGACUCCGGUUGAGUUGAGACAAUCGGUACAGACUGAACUUUGUGGGAUAUCUCCGCUGCAUGGAGGGGGGCGUACAACCUUGCGCCCUGCAAAGUGUGGUCUUCUUCGGACCUUCCUUCCCCCAAUACUAGGCGUCAUGCUAAGGUUUGACGCGAUGGCUGGCUCUCACACCGCGACCACCUAGCGUCCUAAGUUCUAGGGUUUCUUUCUAUUUUUCCUUCUCCUAAUUAUGAUGAUAUAUAUUUUUAUUUUGGCAGAACAGGGGGAGGUUUUAAAUAUAUCACUGUAUAUAUCUAAGUUUGCGUUUGACUGAAUAAAGCUGUGAAUGUAACAGCA